AUGUCUCUACUCGCCAAUUAUGAGGGGCUUCGGCAUCAGAUCGAGAGGCUGGUGCGGGAAAACGAGGAACUGAAGAAGCUGGUGCGGCUCAUUCGGGAGAACCAGGAGCUCAAGUCCACGAUCAAGAUGCAAGCGGGUGCCCUGGGCAUCAGCGGGUUCAGCAGCGGGGUCGGUGAAGCGCCACCCGGAGCUCCUCAACGCCAGGGUGCCUUCCUGCCCCAGGCCCCAGCCGCAGCCAACGAACCCGCCACGGAAGAAGUGGGGGUGAGGGGACUGCCGUCCACGGCUGACAUACUGACCAGCCCACAGCUCAGCCCCACUGCCGUCAGCAUGCUGCUGCCCAUGACGCAGAACAGUGCGCUCACCAGCCUCCUGGGCAGCCCCCUGGGCAACCACCUCAGCAGCCCCUUGGCAGUGUCCAUGCCGAGCCUCAUAGCCAGCGCUCUGGGCCUGCCCUCCACCGGCUCCCUGACGCCACACAGCGGCUCCAUGAUGGUGCCCCUGGGGGGCACGCCAACCGGCUCCCUGGACCUGCCGACGACCGGCUCCCUGGUGUCAAGCAGCCCCCUGGUGGGCCCCCAGUUCACCUCCACCACCGCCCCUCCAGGUGUUUCUCAGAACCUUCUGGCCAACCCCAUGACCAGUGAGGCCCCCCGGGUGCGGCCCCCAGAGCCCCUCCAAGGAUCUGCCUCUGGACCCCAUCCCUCCGCUGGCACCACGGGGCCUGCUGCCACCGGCAAAAGCCCACUCUCCACCGAGCACCCCCUGCCGAGCCAGGACCCCGAGUCCUUCAGCGGGACGUUCGUGGGUGGGCCCAUCAUGACCUCCACCCCCGUCGGCGCCGUGGGCACGCCGGGCUCCGCGACCACCUUCUCCUUCGGCACCCCAGAGAUCCAGACUCAGGCGGGUGCCCCUCGGGGACAAGCAGCGGCUGGCCUCGUCCCCACCUCCCCAGCUCUCUGCCCCAUCCUCCCCCACGCCCCUGAUGCUGCUCCCCCCGCCGCCACCGCUCACAGCCCCUCAAACACCGUCCACAUGGCCCAGGGCGCCACCCACUCCGCCACCCAAGUGAACCACUCCAACACCCGGCCCGCACCCACCUCCCACACACCACCCCGCACCACCUCCUCCCCGGCUUCCGUCAACGGCCCACGCGGCUCUGAAACGUCUCGGAAGAGCAACCUGGAACUGGAGAGGAAGCUGGCCCACCGCAAGAUCAGCAAGUUCCCCGAGACCCCCCGAGAGCCGAAGCAGCUGGCCUUGGAGAGGUUGGUGGGCGAGAUCGCGUUCCAGCUGGACCGCAGGAUCCUGUCCAGCAUUUUCCCGGAGCGCGUGCGCCUCUAUGGCUUCACCGUCUCCAACAUCCCCGAGAAGAUCAUCCAGGCCUCCCUGAACCCCAAUGACCACAAGCUGGACGAGGAGCUGUGCCAGACGCUCACCCAGCGCUACGUGAGCAUCAUGAACCGGCUGCAGGGCCUGGGCUACAACGGGCGGGUGCACCCGGCGCUGACAGAGCAGCUGGUGAACGCCUACGGCAUCCUGCGGGAGCGGCCCGAGCUGGCGGUGUCCGAGGGCGGCUCCUACACCGUGGACUUCCUGCAGCGCGUGCUGGUGGAGACGGUGCACCCCAGCAUGCUCACCGACGCCCUGCUGCUGCUCUCCUGCCUCAGCCAGCUGGCGCACGACGACGGCAAGCCCAUGUUCAUCUGGUGA